CGUCGACGCCACGACCGUCAACCUCGCGUGGCUCGGCGACGACGCCGCGGCUGGGUACCGCGUCUGGGCGAGGAGCCGGCGGUCUAGCAGCAACUCUGCCGCCGCUUUGUCGUCAAACGCGCAUGGUGCCGGGCCUGAGAUGGCGCCGCCGCCCGCACGGGUUCUCUGCGACGUCGGGCCAGAUCAUGCUAGCUGUGGUCCCCGGGCUGCUGCUGCAGGGAGCCAACGUCUGACAGGCCUGCUCCCGUCCGCGUGGGACUUUGAGUUCGCCGUCAGCGCUUACAACGGCGACGACGACUCGGACGUGUCCGAGUGGGUGGUGCCGCCGCCGCCGACGCUGGGCGAGCAAAGCUCCAUCAGUAUCGAUAUCGAGCUCGUGGGCAACGAGCCGGCGCAGGGAGUGUCGGCGUGCCUUUUCUGAGAGGGCCCGCUGUUGCAGGCACACCCCGGCUUGCUUUGCCCUCCCGCCCCGAAAAGGCUAAUGCCUGUCCCUCCGUGGAGCUCGAAAGCCGGCGCAUCCUGCCGCUAUAAGGUUCGCGAGAGCAGAGGCUGCCUCCAUCGAAACACAGCUCAAGCCUGUCAAGGUCCGCUAGCUCAAUCGGUAGGGCGUCUGACUACGAACCAGGAGGUUCCAGUUUCGAGUCCGGGCGGAUCGAGAUGAUCAGCUUCGGCUUCACUUUUUGGUCCUGCACUCUUUCUGUUCAGUCCGUGCUUGCAAGUUGCUUGCAUUUACGGUUUCUCGCCUGGUUGGCACUUGGGACAGCCGUCGCUACCUUGCCUCUCUUUGC